AUGGAACCGAACCAAUUCGGUCGAUUUUCCGCAAACGUUUUUGCCGCUUUCCAAAACUCACCGAAUGUUUUUGCGAACAUGCAACAAACUCAAACCAUACAACACUUGAUGAUGCAUAAUCCUUUUAAUAUCCAACCCGUGCAACCCGAACAACCAUCGCAACCCAUUCGAACCGAACCCGACGAAGAUGUUGUUGAAGUUGUUCCCGAGACCCAACCGCAAAAAAACAAACGAAAAAAGGCAAGCAAGUUGCGGGUGAGCAAAGCCAACCGUCCAAACCGAACCGAAACAUAUGGACGUAACAAUCAAACGGGUGAGGGGUUUUGGAAAUCGGUUUUGGCGAAGUUUCUUGAGCUAAUGGAACAAGGGCCAUAUCGAGAUGUCGACUCGGUGUCUUCUAAGUGGCGAAAAAUGAGUGGGUUCGUCAACAAGUUUUCGGAAGAAUAUAAUAAAAUAUAUUCAAGUGGGCGUCGUAGUGGGAUGAGCGACGAGGAUGUGUUCAAAAAGGCAUUGGAUGUUUACAAGACGAACCAUCACACCACGUUCGCACACGUUCGGGCGUGGGAAGUUAUGCGAACGGCCCCAAAAUGGGCGCCGGUUCCGAAUGAGGUGGAGAUGGCAAAACGACAAAGAACAUCGGAGUCCGGUAGUUAUAGCGCUGGCGGAUCGGACGCCAGAUGUCACAUAAAUUUAAACGACGACGCCGAGUUCGAUGAAGAAGAGUACGCCGUAAAGGAAGCGGAACGUCCCCCGGGCCGGGACAAAUCAAAGAAGGAGGCGGCGUCAAAGAAAGAAAAGCAAAAGGUCGAUUUGAAGAUGGAGGAGUUUAUGACGCAAUUUAAAACAUACACCGAGGUCAAGGCCCAAAAGGCGAGGGCGAAGGAACAGGCGAUCGAAGAAAAGUCGCGCGUAGCGGGAGAAAAGUUACGAUUGUCCGAUGAUAAGGUUCGGCUCAAGGAGUGGGAAAUAUUAACGAUGGAUGUUGAUAGUUAUCCCGAACCGAAACGCUCGACUUUAAAAAAAUUACAAAAUGACAUCAUGAAGAAGCAUCAAAGUGGAUGA